UGAAAGUGCAAAAAUUCAGAGUCCACAAACACACACACCAGUGUCUGGCGACUGGCUUUGCAGGCAUAACUAAGGGAGAAGAAUGGCAUUAGUACCGACAUCCGACGUCGCGGAAGUUGAAAUGGGUUCCGACUCUUCUGCUCCUACCGUGCGCGCUACCGUCGUCCAAGCUUCUACCGUCUUUUAUGACACUCCGGCCACUCUCGAGAAGGCUGAAAGGUUGCUAGCUGAGGCAGCUUCAUAUGGAGCCCAGCUGGUUGUCUUUCCUGAAGCAUUUAUUGGUGGUUAUCCACGUGGUUCCAGUUUCGGGGUUACUAUUGGUAACAGGACAUCAAAGGGUAAGGAAGAGUUCAGAAAAUACCAUUCCUCAGCAAUUGAUGUCCCUGGUCCUGAAGUUGACCGUUUGGCUGCAAUGGCUGGAAAAUACAAAGUAUUUAUGGUAAUGGGUGUAAUAGAAAGGGAUGGAUACACACUGUAUUGUAGUGUUCUGUUUUUUGAUUCUCAAGGUCGUUACCUUGGAAAACAUAGAAAAAUCAUGCCAACAGCACUUGAACGUAUAAUUUGGGGUUUUGGUGAUGGAUCAACAAUUCCAGUUUUUGAGACUCCCAUGGGAAAAAUUGGUGCUGCCAUUUGUUGGGAAAACAAAAUGCCUCUUUUGCGGAUGGCAAUGUACGCUAAAGGUGUUGAAAUCUAUUGUGCUCCAACAGCUGAUUCAAGAGAGGUUUGGCAAGCAUCUGUGACCCAUAUAGCUGUUGAAGGUGGAUGUUUUGUUUUGUCAGCCAACCAGUUCUGUCGAAGAAAAGAUUAUCCUCCACCCCCUGAUUAUGUUUUCUGUGGUACGGAAGAUGAUCUGAAUCCUGAGUCGGUUGUAUGUGCUGGUGGAAGCGUGAUAAUAUCACCAUCAGGGGCUGUCAUUGCUGGACCAAAUUAUGAUGGGGAGGCCCUCAUCUCAGCUGAUCUAGAUUUGGGAGAAAUAGCACAAGCGAAGUUUGAUUUCGAUGUAAUUGGUCAUUAUUCAAGACCUGAGAUACUUAGCCUAACUGUAAGGGACUAUCCAACAAACCCUGUAACUUUCACAUCAGAGGCUGAAAGAACCGAAAGAUCUUAAGGCUGUCUCAGAUAGUAGUUUGAAGUUUGAACAAGCCAGUCCAUCAUGUUUAUGUAGAUUGAAACAUCUCUAUCAGGGCUGCUUUGUUUUGUAAAUCGUUCUGUUUAUGAUGACAAAUUUGUCUGUUGUAACAAAAUCAAGGCUAUUUCAUGUUUUUGUACAUGAUUUAUUGUUGAAAUAAAUUUUUUUUUUU